AAAUGUAUUAAGACCUCCACCUGUCUAAAGUUUAACCUGUUAAAGUGGGGGUCCUGCUGUGUUAUUAUUCUCGACCAUGUGGCUGCCGUCACGACGUACAGCAGCCUAUCGGAAUUUCGCCUCCUGUCGUUAUGUCUGCGAAGGCAGCAUCUCAGCCACAGCUCAGCUGGCUGGCAGUCUCCUCAUUCAGCGACCAGCAGCACUGAGAGCAUGGCAUGGCAAGGGCUUGGGAAGGUGUGGUGAGGGGGUGACGGGUUAACCGGACCUGAGAGCGCAAUAACAUCAUCACCAUCAUUAUCGACAGGAGCAGCAGCGGUAUCCCCCAGUCCAGUCCUGUCUGAGUGAAGAAACGCGCCACUGAUGGAGCCACUCACACGCUGAUGAUAAAACGAUGCACCAGUCGCCACCGACGACCAGGUGUUGGAGCAAGGAGCAGGGUCGCCGUUAACCUGACCCGUAUCUAUGUGCUGUGCGCGGUUCUUACUGGUCCCGUUUGCAGACGAUCGAAAAGAUGCUGAGCCGACUGAUGAGCAGCAGCGUCAGGAGUCUGGACAGGGAAUGCAACUGCACAGUGAGGCUGCUGGACGACUCGGAGUACACCUGCACGAUCCAGCGGGAUGCCAAAGGACAGUACCUAUUUGACCUCAUCUGCCACCACCUCAACCUCCUGGAGAAAGACUACUUUGGGAUCAGAUAUGUUGAUCCAGAUAAACAAAGACACUGGUUGGACUUUACAAAAUCUAUUGCCAAACAAAUGAAGUCCCAGGCACCUUUCACUAUGUGUUUGCGUGUCAAGUUUUAUCCACCAGAUCCCGCUGCUCUGAAAGAGGAAAUCACCAGAUAUCUUGUCUUCCUGCAGGUUAAGCGGGACCUCUACCACGGUCGCCUCCUUUGCAAGACAUCAGAUGCGGCUCUUCUAGCUGCCUACAUAUUACAAGCUGAAAUCGGUGAUUAUGACCCUGGGAAACAUCCUGAGGGCUAUAGCUCCAAGUUCCAGUUCUUCCCCAAGCACUCAGAGAAGUUGGAGCGGCGAAUUGCUGAGAUUCACAAGACUGAGCUGAUAGGUCAAACACCUGAAACAUCAGAGCUCAACUUCUUGCAAAAGGCCCAGACUUUAGAGACAUAUGGAGUAGACCCUCAUCCAUGCAAGGAUGUGUCUGGGAAUCCUGCUUUUCUGGCUUUCACGCCGUUUGGAUUCACUGUGCUACAAGGAAACAGGAGGGUCCAUUUCCUCAAAUGGGAGGAGGUAACUAAACUCAAGUUUGAAGCAAAGACAUUCCAUAUAUAUGCAACCCAGAAUGAGGACAGGAAGAUUAUACUUACUUACUUUGCACCUACACCAGAGGCCUGUAAGCAUCUGUGGAAGUGUGGAGUUGAGAACCAGGCCUUCUAUAAGUUGGAGAAGUCAAGUCAAGUUCGAACUGUGUCCAGUAGCAAUCUCUUCUUCAAGGGUAGUCGCUUUAGAUACAGUGGGAAGGUUGCAAAGGAAGUGAUGGAACAAAGUGCCAGAAUCAAAAGGGACCCCCCUGAGAUCCACAGGGCUGGCAUGGUUCCCAGCAGGAGCUGUCCAUCUAUCACUCAUGGUCCUCGUCUGACCAGCGUGCCCAGAACCCGGAGGAGAGCUGUGCACAUCUCCAUCAUGGAAGGUUUGGAGUCUCUUCGAGACAGUGCCCACUCCACGCCAGUGCGCUCCGUCUCCCAUGGUGACUCGUUCAUGUCCAGCCGGGGCCACCUGGAGGAUGGCAGUGAGGCCAGCACGUCAAGAGUGAUCUCCGAUGAGACCUACAGCCCCUCGGACAGCAUGCUGCCCACUCCCGUAGCCGAGCAUGGGGUGGAGCUUCCUUCAGCUCGCCACCUCAACGGCGCACCCUGCAGCAUCGACGAGAAGAAAGAAUCAGAGGCAAGGGCUCUGAAGGAGGGGCAGGCAGGGGAAUUCAGGUCCGGUAGGAGAGCGCUGCGUAUGGUCCGUAGCAGACCUUCACAAGGAGCUGAUGUAGAGGAUCUUAAUAAGUUCAUCCUAAGCGUGCUGCGCCUGUUCCUGGUCACUAUCGGACUGCUGUUCGCCCUGCUGCUGCUGCUCAUCAUGCUGACAGAGUCCGACCUGGACAUAGCCUUCCUGAGAGACAUCCGCAAGACACCUGAGUUCCAGCAGUUUCACUUUGAGUAUUUCUGCCCUCUCCGGCGCUGGUUCGCCUGUAAGUUACGAUGGAUGGGCGGUUUUCUUGUUAGCAAAUGAGGUGAAGUGACGGAAGAGAGUUAACACAGGCCUCCAAUUAUGGAGACAGGACAUGUGGAAAAGAAUGCAGGAAAUAAGGAAGAGGAAGGUGACAGCUUUGUUUAUAUUGGCUCUGCUUCUCCCAGGAACAAGUUCCUGUCACAAGCCGCAGACUACCGUGAUUAUAAUGUAUGACUAUCACUACAUAUGUAGGAUUGAAAUCACACUUUAUUUUAGAAAUUCAGGUCAUAUCGAGGUAUUUUAUUUUUACACAAAUUCAUGACAGCAGGGUUAUUCAAAGCUUUGAUAAAAGUCUUUCAGGCUUUGAUUGUUCAGCCAGAGAUCAUAGCGGUCUUUAUUUUUCUAUUAAUUUAUACUUUAUAACAUUACUGUGAGAAAGGAUGACCUGAUCGUUUUAACAAGACAGUUUAUGCAAAGUUCUAAUGAGAUACAAAAAAAGAGGACAGAAUAGUUGAUUAGUUUUAUCAAACCAAUAUUGAUCCAAUCAUAAACAGCACCCACUUCAAUUACUGGUUACCCUUAGUAAAGAUUUGCAAAAAGCAUUAAAAUAGUCUUUUACCACAUUGGCAUAAUUUCAUGCAUAAUCCACCCUGUCGUGUAAAUACAUGUAUUUAGCAGGGGAAAACAAAUACCUUCAUUAGAGAUACUUGUUUUUUGCAAAGUCAACAGUGCCACAUUUAUUGCCACCCCUUAAAAUCCCUACAAAAUAAAGGUAACUGAAGCUGUUUUAUACUUUUUUGUUUUUGAUUAGUGUUUUGGAAAUUCGAAUCUGUAAUCCAUGGCUUCGUGUUUCCGUGGGUUAUAAAAACAACAUGACAAAGAGGUCCAUUUCUCAUGCCACUCUUCAAAAUGGGAAAGACAAGGAAUCGGCCAUUAAAGUAAGGUAGAUGUGUUUUUGAUCUUCCUUUGUCAGGAAAUUGACCUAACUCUGCCCAAUUCUACAGUUAGAGAAAUAGUUUAAAACAACUGGCGAUGUGACAAACUAGGCUGUACAGGGAUUACAAGUUUAUCGUUCCACCACACACAGUAAACAGGCUGGUAAGUGCAUUUUAAUUAAACAUACGGUGGCCCCUACUAGUAGAUUGAAAAUUCGUCAACAUUGGGUCUUCAAUUUCAAAACAUAUGGCCAAAUGAACCUUGUCAUGUCUGUCCUCAAAUCUGAUUUCACCUGAGGUGAAGCUAAAGAGAAGAGAGCAUAAGAGAGAACCCAGGACUCCAAAUGAUCCAAAAAGAUUGUGCAUAGAUGUAUGGUAGCAGAAUGAACUUAUAUUAAAGGUUGGUUUUCUCUAAAAUGUUCAGUGUGCAAUUAUGCUACUGCAACAAAAAGGGAAUUGUUUCAGGGCUUUUUACACAUUUUCAUCAGCAGUUCCCAUGAAAGUGGAGGGCGCUGUAGAGGCUGCUGCUACAAGACGGACCUGUGUGGCAUGAGAUAAAGCAUGGAGCCAGGAAACAUCACAAAGUGAAUGUAGAUGAGUCCUCAACCAGAUAACCUGUUUUGGAACCUCAGAUCAAACAACUAUAAAACAGUCCCUUUGUGACACAGAGAGUGAUGCGGGUGCUGCCCUGUAAGCUGGUUAAAACAGUGUUUUUGUCAGUGUAACUGUGUCCAUGUUCGAGUGUUUGUCAGAUGUUCUCACUUGAUUAUUUUAGUCCAAACACUACUGGACCAUUAAAGUCAGUAAAAUUAAAUAAGCCUUCAUAAGAAUAUAAAUAAGAUAUCAAGGGUUUAGGUUUGCUGUUUAUUAAAUAGGCGCCAAAAAACACAAUCAGUUUCUUUCAGGACUUGGUGUCAGUUUGGUGUAGUUUCCUUUAUGGUAGCUGUAAAGAUGAAGGGAGAACGUGAGCUAAAGCUGUAGUGGUAGUCGCAUUUUUGUUAGUUCUUCUCCCUAAAUCUGUAGAAAGUUCAUCUUGAUGUGCAAUAAUGUAAAAAAUCCAAAAUCCUUUCUAUCUGGGGAGAUUUCACUUUGUAAAUUUUUAAAAUUAGUGCUAUUUUCCCACAGUGUUAAUAGUUCUUAUGUCAGGACCCCACAGAAGUGAGUCUUUUAAGUUUGUGUUACCCUGCUGUUUUUUUUAAUUCAUGCAUUUAAUUUUAAGCCUUAUUAUAUAUAAAUCGUGUCCAUUUUUGUUUAAAUUGCUGUGUGUUUAACCUAUGGAUGCCUCCUCACAGUGGCUGUAAUAUGUGUGAAGCAUUGUUUUUACCACAAAUAAUGUUUUUAAGCCACUAACAA